AUGCCUUCCUCGCCCAAGUUCUUCCGCGCGCGCCAACCGCACUCCGCUCGCAGAUCCACCGUCCUGAUCGUCGCCGGCUGCCUCCUCGUCGGGAUCGCGGGCUUCGCCUUCGGACUCGCGUCACUUUUCCGGCCGAUCAAGUGCUCGCACGGUGAUCCCAGAUCGGUGAGGGUGGUUUGGGAGAGAGGUUCCGGUGGCGGCGGCGGCCGCGACGGACACGGCGCCGUUUCGGAUGGUGGUGGGAACAAUCGGCGUAAGGUCAUGGGUUUUGUCGGGAUUCAGACUGGCUUCGGAUCGGUCGGUCGGCGACGAUCUUUGAGGAUGACUUGGAUGCCGUCCGAUCCUCAAGGACUUCGAAG